GGGCUCAGGCGGCGGCGCCUGCGCGGGGCCAUCGCGGCGCUCCGCGAAGUUCCGCGGGGCCCGGGGAAGUUUGGGCUCGGCUCGGCUCGGCCCCGGCCAUGGCCUUCCGCCGGCGGGCCAAGAGCCACCCGCUCUUCAGCCAGGAGUUCCUCAUCCACAACCACGCCGACAUCGGCUUCUGCCUGGUGCUCAGCGUCCUCAUCGCCCUCAUGUUCGAGGUCACAGCCAAGACUGCCUUCCUGUUCAUCUUACCUCAGUAUAAUGUUAGCGUGCCUACAGCAGAUGGGGAGCUGGUCCAGUAUCACUAUGGGCUGAAGGAUCUGGUCACCAUCCUCUUCUACAUCUUCAUCGCCAUCAUCCUGCAUGCAGUGGUGCAGGAAUACGCCCUGGACAAAAUCAACAGGCGUCUGCAUCUCUCCAAGGUCAAACACAGCAAGUUCAAUGAGUCAGGGCAGCUGGUUGCCUUCCACCUCACCUCUGUCAUCUGGUGCUUGUACGUCGURGUGACGGAAGGAUACAUAUCCAACCCCCGGAGUUUGUGGGAAAACUACCCGCAUGUUUAUCUUCCGUACCAGGUGAAGUUUUUCUACCUGUGCCAGCUGGCAUACUGGCUGCACGCCCUGCCCGAGCUCUACUUCCAGAAAGUCCGCAAGGAGGAGAUUCCCCGGCAGCUGCGCUGCAUCGCGCUCUACCUGCUGCACAUCGCCGGUGCCUACCUGCUCAACUUAACCCGCCUGGGGCUGAUCCUCCUGCUGUUGCAGUACUUGGCCGAGUUCUUCUUCCACAUGGCGCGGCUGGUUUACUUCACAGACGAGAACAACGAGAAGCUGUUUAAUGUCUGGGCUGUCGUGUUCGUGGUCACCAGGCUCUUCACCCUCACCUUGUACAUCCUGGUCAUCGGCUUUGGGCUGCCGCGGGUGGAGAGCCAGGCCCUGGAUCCCGAGAGAGGGAAYUUCUUCAGCUUCCUCUUCAACAAUAUUCUCUUCAGAAUGAGUGUGCUGCUGUUGGUGUGCCUCUUCCAGGCCUCGGUGAUGUGGCGCUUCAUCCACUUCCAGCUGCGGCGCUGGAGGGAGUACUGGAAUGAGCAGAGCAGUCGGAAGCGAGCCGCCGCCGCCGCUGCCGGCACCAAGCAGCAAACCAAGCCRCUCAAGAGGGACUCGGGUUACCAUGAAAACGGAGUGGUGAAAGCAGAGAAUGGCACCUCACCUCGCACCAAGAAGCUGAAGUCUCCGUAGAAGCCAAGGGUUGUCUCCUGGGGAGGAGGGCGAGAUACCAGGACUGAGCAGCCCCUCCUCCUGCUCCUCACGAGCGGCGCCUUGAGUGGCUCGGAAUCAUCUUCCCAAGGUGUCUCUCGCUCUCCUCCCUUCCUUUCUUGUUCUGGUGAACCGUUUGCAAUAAAACCAAAAAGGCCCCUUUCCCAUUCCCCCAUCCCCCUUGUAGGAACCUUUUCCAUCCCUCUUGGUUUUGCCUUCCUCUGAUUGAUCAUAAACCAGCGUGCAAUUUUUUUUUUCCYUUUCUAUUUUAGUGUUCGGUUAUGUUGGUUAAUGGUAACAAAUGUAUCAUAGAUGGUUCCAAACAAUCCUUUUUUCUCCUACAGCGUGUUCCUCCCCUCUCUUCAUGGUGCUUCCCUGAGCCCCUGGGACAGGGCCACGACAGCUUGAAGGCACCAAAUGUGUKUUAUGGGAACAGGUUCCUGGGGUAAUGUGCUGGGGCUGUGAGAUCUGAGGCUCAGGGGUGCUCUCAGGUGAGAUGGAGCUCAUCUGGCCAGGAUGGUGAUGCUGCAAAGAGAAACCAGGGUCUGGAUGAAGCUCAUGGUGGACCUCUGGUUAACUGGGCUUUCUGACCCCUGGUUUUGAGAAUUUUGGAGAGCUGGCCAGCAGAGAAGGGAGAGAGCUCCCCUCUUUGCAUGCCCCAGCUGGGUUUUUCUUGGCUGCCCCAUGGUUUUUCUGGGUCUCCCAGCCCCAAGAGCUGGGCCYAGGGCUCUGCAGCUCUCAGUGUUUUGUUAUGGGGCAGCAGUAUCCACGUGAAUCCUUGAGUCCUGCCCAGCUCUGAGCACUGGCCUGGGUCCUGUCAGCCCAGCCCUUUGUCAUCUUGCCUGUGCUUCAUGGACCUGGUAUUCUUGUGGCUCGUGGYCACAUCCAGGUGACAAACCAGUUGCUGCAAAGGAUUUCUGCAUCAUUGGGACUGUGCCCCUCGUGCUGUCACCUCAGCCUUCCGUGUCCCAACCAUACCAGUCCAGCCGUGCCAUCGGCAGCCACCAGCUUCACUCUUUGUUUCCAAAGGAUACAGCACUUGUAUCCACCCAAGGUGCUAUCAAAUCCAGGGUUUCUUCCAAAAAUCCUAGCCCCUUCAUCCUUUUCUGAGCUGUGAACGAGAUGACAGGGAAGGAAGGGGAAGGAGGCCGGGGCUGCAAGGAGCAGCUUGCAUUUUAGGAAAAGCCUGGCUUGUGAUGCGUAGCUGUUGGCAGAUGGAGUCGUCUCAAAUCUACCUCAGAGGCCAUCUGUUGCUGCAGACCACUUUUCYSUCUUGCUCCUGCCCGCUGCCACCUYCACGUGCUGGCAGGAGAUUCCAUGGAAAGCCAGAUCCCACYGGCUGGAUCCCUCGCUGMCUGCCGGGGAGCAGCAUCUGCUUGSGGUUUCGUGGGUCAGUGCCAUCUCGCUGGGCUUCUUUUUGGGGUGCCACACGCCWGGCCAGGUUUGGCAGGUGAGCAGCAGUGGCACCUCUGUCCCCAUGCUGUCUUCUGGGGCGGUUCCUGAGCUGGGCUUUGCUGUUGGUGCCUCUUGUGCAGCRAAGUCGGCUGUAGCUUUAGUUCUGCUUUGCCACGGCAGGAACGGGGGACUCAUGGGGUGUUCCCUUGGCUGGGUGAGGAGAGGGACACAGAGCUGGGGUGCUCUUCCCYGUGYAGCCCARGAUUGACCCUUGGGUGCCCCCUGCUCAGCCCUUCGGGCAGCUGAACUCCGGCUCUCUCCGAGUGCAAUUCCAGCUCCAGGCUGGUGCCGUUGUCCUUGGUGCCAGUCAUGUUUUGAGGAAUGGGUGACAGUUGAUUUUCUGCACCUCUUUGAGUUGAGUUGGCUUUGUUUUCCUGUUUUUCUGGGUGUUUUUUGUCCUUUUCUCACCUUCUCCUUGUURAGGAGGCACCGGAGGGAGAAAAUGUGCAGGGACGUGAGGACAGUUGGUCACAUUCCACUUGUUCCUCAAUCCCCACAACCUUUGAGUGUCAAGUGAGAGGUGUUGGCAGGAGAGGGCUUUCCCCUUUUUCAGGGAGCUGGGGAAGGAGGCUGGAGCAGAGCCCUUGCUGGUACCCUGCCACUGCUCCUCGUAGCCCUGCUGGGUGGACGUUUUGGUUCAGAGGCAGCAGCAGAACCCAGAAAAGAGCUUUAUGUUGGGGAGGGUAUGGAAAAGGUCCAGUGUGAGAGGUUUUUCCUUUCUCCUGCCUCUUCCCAUCCCCUGCCAUCGACUGCCAGAGCCCUCCAGGAGUGACUKCUGGCCGGCACCUCCCCAGAGCUUCGGCCAGGUCUGUCCGCAGCGCCGAUGCCUUGCAGCAGCCAAGCUGCUGACUCUGUUAACAGGUGACAAUAGAGCCCCCCAAAAACCUGGCUGCUGAAUGAUUCCUCCUCCUGCCUGCUUGGCUUCAGGCAGCUUUUCCACUUGCACAAUCCUGUCUGUUCCUACAAUAGCUGAUGUUGCUUUGUAUCCCAAGUGCCUUAUGUUGUAGGCUCUCUGCUCUAUAGCAGUAGCUGAGCACCCUCCCUCAUGUACAACAUAUGCUACAUUUACAUGGUUUUUAAUUUUCUUUUUGACAGAGCUACCAGGAAAAGGGACAUUUGUUUUUGAAGCGUUUCUUUCCACAUGUUCUUUUUAUGAUUUUGUUUUUUUUAAACCUAUAGAUGAUGGGGCUUGGUUUUUU